AUGUCCAACCCAGGCGACCCCGGCUGGAAAUGGUUCCCCAACGACAAGCCCUCAUGGCGCCUCGACGUCGUCACGCUUCUCGCCGUCAUCGGAGAGUCCGCCAUCGCUGAGCACUCGCAGACCAUCACCGCCUCGCUGCUCUGCAUGCUGCCCCGUCUGCUGCCCGCGCCCCAGGCCCUGCUGAAGCCAUCGCGGCCAACUCGACUCCCCGAGACGCACGCCAAGAUGGCCGGCGUCUACAGCGGCACCAUCCUGGAUUCGGUGGGGUUCUUCGCCAACAUCAUCACGCCGCUGGAUGCUCUGGCGCCGUACAGCUUCAUGGUGCUGGAUAUUCAGCACGCGCCGUCUGUGCCGCCGCCGAUUACCAAUGCGAACCAGCAUCACCACCACCAUCUGGACCAAGAUGGUUUUCGAGGCUUCAUUACUAGACACGUGCCUUGGGCUCAGAAACGGAGCGUGCCAGAUGCUACUUUGGGGGGGUUAUCUAGAGCCAAAGAGACGGACAAAGCACUGGAUCAUCGGUCCACGCCGCCAAAGAUCGCCGGACCGCCACACGAAGUCGACAUCGAGUCCCAGUCAAGAACUCCAACUGUGAGAUUCAACUCCGAGGUCGAAAUCAACGGCCACCCUGCACCGAUUCGCCGACGCACCACGGAGAAAUUCCAGGAUCUGCUUUCAACUGGAACCAUGGCCGUGACGGGUGGUCGGCCCAUUGUCCCUCCCAAACUUCUCUCGCCUCUCCAUAUCCUUUCCGCCUUUUCCUUCUUUCUCAGCAUCGCCAUCCUCGUUGCCGCCGUCAUAUGGCAGGACGGCACCGCAAUCAUCGCCAUCACCCUCAUCUCCUCGGCCUCCACCGUCGUCGGCUAUGCUUCCUCUUGGCGGCCAAUCCUCAUGCAACGCAGGCACACUAACGAUGUACCCCGCGGCGAUGUCAUGAUACGCACUCGAGAAGGAGCCUUUGUUUUAGUUCGCUGUCCGGAAGACGUUGCUCGCGAGCUUUACUCCGGAACCGAAGAGUGCGACUACUACGUCGGCGAGAGAGCCUACAGGUUCUUCAUGGCGCUCGGCACAAUCCUUCUCAUGCUUAGCGUCGUGCUCCUCGGAAACUGCACUUGGAACUCGCAAAUCUUCAUAGGAGGAUCGUACAUUGUCCUCAACGGGCUGUACUGGGGUCUGGGCAUGAUACCCCGGACUUAUUUCUGGGAUCUAUCGCGCUAUACCUGGGACGACGUCACCGAGGAAGACGGUCAAAAUGCCGAUAUCGUGACCGACCGAGAUGACGAACGCGAGGGCCAUCCGAGCUUCACACGGACCUUGUGGUAUGCCAUUCGCGAGACAAAAGCCAUUGGCUGGGUCGAGCGCAGCGGUGCCGCACCGGGCACACCUCAGUGGCAGCAGUGGCUCGGCGAGGCACUGCAAAAUGCAAAGAAUGGUAACCGUGGUUGGGAGGCCGUCAAAAGGAAGAAUGAGAUUAUGACGCAGGCGAGCAAAGAAGGAAACGAUCCUGCGACGCAGAGAGCGCCUGCAACUGAGGUUCAGGUUGCUGGAACGGGCACAGGAACUCCGAGAGCGACGUUUUGA